AUGUCUCCCGAUAAAACCUACCCGUUCAAUCCCUUGACCGACAUUCCCUCUCUUAGCGGAAAGGUCAUCCUCAUCACCGGCGCAAACACUGGCCUCGGCAAAGCUACUGCCAUUGAGCUAUCGAAACACUCUCCAGCGCAUAUUUACCUGACGUCACGCAACUCAACCAAGGGAAAUGCCGCACUAAACGAAGUCAAGAGCGUAGCUAGCGAUGGAACCAAAGUAUCCUUGCUCGAGCUAGACCUUUCGAGCUUUCAAAGCAUCAAGGCGGCCGCAAGGGACUUUCUCAAACAACAAGAUAGACUUGAUGUCUUGUUGCUUAACGCGGGUGUUAUGGGCGCUCCUCCUGUGCUCACUAAGGAUGGUUACGAAGCUCACAUGGGGACAAACCACCUUGGACACGCUCUUCUGUUCAAGCUCCUUCAACCCACUCUGCAAAAGACUGCAGCAACCGGGGCCGAUGUUCGUGUUAUCCAUCUAUCUUCCGCUGGGUUCCGACAUGUAGGGCCAACAGGCAUAGAGUUUGAGACACUCAAGUCUGCGACAAGUGAGACGUCGCUACCACUACGCUAUGCACAAAGCAAGCUGGCCUGUCUCCUCUACGCAAGGGAAGCUGCAAAGCGCAUCCCCAACAUCAAGAAUAUCGCCAUCAACCCCGGAGAGGUAGACACGGAAUUGUUUACUCGAGAGCCUGGAGAUGACCACAUGAAGAUGCUUCAGACAGAAAUCGCUCCAAAAGUUGUUGGCCCCAUUUCAGAGGGUGUCAAGAACCAUCUCUGGGCAACGACUUCUCUGGACAUUGAAAAUGGCGAGUUCUAUGAGCCUGUCGGAAAGACUGGGGGACUUGAGGGGCAUGGGCUGGAUGAUGAGAUGGCGAGGAAGCUUUGGGAGUGGACGGAGGAACAGUUGAAGGACCAGAGCCUCUAG